CCCCUUUUGAGCUAAUUGGCAAUAGCUCUACAGAUGAAAACAAAAGAAUGAAUGAUACUGGAGGCAAAUCUGGUCAAGCUGAACAGUUGCCCCAUAAGGAACAUGAAGAAUUUGGUCCACACCAGAGAGACCUGAAUACCCUCUACGUUUCUGAGCAGGAUGUUAAAGAAGCUCUUCUGCAAUAUGUAUCCAGCAAGCAUUUCUAUAGGUCCACCCCUGCAAAGCAUAUGAAAAUCCAGAAUAUUAUCCCUCUCAACACGUAUAGAUAUCGCUUGGAGACCUUCACUGAAUGUCGACAGACACACCGGGCCAGUGAGCUUUAUGAUGGUAGAUUCAUAGACUCCCGUGAUGUUGCGCCCCCUCCUGCCCCUUGGGAUGUAGUGGUGGAUCCUCCUCCAUUGUUCACAGACUGUAAAAUGCAUAUCCCAAUACCACAUACGUAUUCAGUGGAGAAUUGUCCAGACUGCAAAGGACGCGGCACAACUGUAUGCCCAUCAUGUAUCGGAACUGGCAAGAAAACGUGUUCUGCUUGUAAUGGGAGUGGAUCCUCCUGGCAAGAAGAUUUCCAAAUUUGCACGUUCUGUGGAGGUUCAGGAAAGGUUAGUUGUUUCAACUGUCACAGCAGUGGAAUGCUGAAGUGUUAUCGUUGCAAUGGGACUGGCAUCUUACUGUUUCAUACUGAACUAACAAUAACUUGGAAGAACAACAUAUCAGAACAUGUAGUAGACAAGAAUUCAGACUUUCCAAUUUUCCAUUUGCAGGAAGUGACUGGGAAAGGAAUAUUUACUGAUGAGCACUCUUUGGUAUACCCCAUUGUUAAUUUCCCUGAACCAUCUAUUAGUGAGGGUUCACGGGCAUGCAUUGAACAACACAGAAUGCAAUUUGGAUCGGAAUGUCGCAUCGUAAUACAGAAACAAACCAUUGAGGUGGUGCCUGUGUCAAAGGUGGAAUAUGAAUGGAAAGGGAAGCUCCACUCCUUCUAUGUGUAUGGCAAUGAGAAGAAAGUGUAUGCCAAAGCCUACCCAGGAAAAUUCUGUUCAGUCAUGUGAUACAAGGGCAGUGUCUUCAUUCAGCUUCCAACCAGCACGGCCACUCCCAGUUGUUUGCUCUUCAUGGACACUUGCAGGGUUUUACUACUAUCAGAAACUCAGAAUUCUCAGGAUGACAUUCAUGGGUUCAUACACAGGAAUAUGUGGAUGACGGUCAUUCUCUC